GAAUACGAAUAACUCCCAUAUAACGUACACACUGUGUAGUUCUGCGCGUCCUUGAAGCUGAACACAGUGUAAAAAAAAAAACAAAAAAACAAUCUAUAACUAAUUAUCUCGUCUUUAAUCUCUCAGGUACUUUAAUCUCAGAAUGGGAAUUUUUGCAUCAAAGGUCAUGGACCAGAACCUGAAGAAGCAGCAGGAGUUCAUGCUGCACAAUGCCCGAGUACAGAUGGAGCGUCAGAUUCUCAUGCAGAAUGAGAUGCGAGAGCGACAGAUGGCUAUGCAGAUCGCCUGGUCCAGAGAAUUUCUCAAAUACUUUGGGUCAUUUUUCGGUCUGGCUGCAGUCGGGUGCACCGCCGGAGCCAUAAAGAGGAAGAAACCCGGUCUGUUUGCGCCGCUGGUGCCGCUCGGCUUCGUCCUGGCGUAUCAGGUGGACAUGGCGUACGGCUCUUUCAUCCACCGCAUGAGAGAGGAAGCCGAGAACAUCAUGGUGGCUGAAGCGGAUCGGCUGAAUUUACCUCACGGGCCGCCGACGUUUGAGAGCAUCGAGAAAGCACGCAGAGCAAAAUCCCACCUCCCCCCACUGUCUGAAAAGUGAGGCGAGCUUUUAUAAGUAAGUGAGUCACGGAGGCGGUGAUCACGAAGAUGUUCCUGUUUCUGAGGUUCUUUAUUCAGCAGAACUUAAAGCUUUAUCUAUCGAUCACGAGUUUGUGCUGAUACGUGAUCGUAGCAAAGAGAUCAUAAAGAGUCACAGAUAAAUAUUUGAAUUAAAAGCUUUUGACAUUUUCAAGUCUUCGACCUGACAUUUUGGAUCAAUUGCAGCUGAUCAGAGUAAAAUCUUGUUCUGAUUGGUUGUUCCUAACGUAACGUAAACAGUUUAAAAUAAUAUCAUUAAUCACAAUUUUAAUUUAUUUUUAAUUCUUUAAUUACAUUUAUUAAUUUAGCUCAAGAAACUCUUUACAGAACUGCAUUAUUACAAACUGCACCUUUAUGUUAUAAGGACAUAAUUUACUGAUCAGCAGCUAAAUCGUGGCUCACGUUUGGUGUUUUAGUCGUCGGAACUUCAGACAAAUAAAACAAAUAUCUACAAGUUUUUUAAACAGUGACAGGAGUAAAAUCAUCAAACAUCACGAUGUCAUCUGCCAUCUUUAAUGUGUGUGUGUGUGUCUGUGUGUGUGUGUGUCUGUGUGUGUGUGUGUCUGUGUGUGUGUGUAUAUGCAAACAUGUAAGUUCUCUUUGCUCUUUUUUGCUGUCUGUAAAAUGGUGUUGAAUUACAGGUGUGUUACUGAGAAAUAAAUAAAAUAACAAUAACACUCC